CACUGGCGCUGUUUACUGGAAGCCCGCUCCGCGCUGCCGCAGCUGCCGUCUCUACCUCCACCUUCUUCGCCACCAAGUGUCUCAACACUGUGAGUGGGAUCCCUUCCAGGGGGCGAGUCGCUGAAACUUUGCUCACAUUCAGUCACAGGAGCCGCGGGAGCAGCGUCGGCGGGCGGAACGGUCUUCACUCCACCACCGUCACCAGACACUGAAAAAAAGCCCACACUUUUGUUUGUCCCUUCUUUUUUUUUUUUUCUCAGUCAGUCACUCUCUCCUCUUCUUCUCCUCUCUCAUAUGUUGUUUUGUUGUUGCUGCUCCGGGAGUGAAAACGCACAGGGGAGCCGAGAAUAGAUGAGCUGCCCAGAGGUGCAUGAGAGGUGUUGAUGAGUUUUUAUGACUGAGCAGCGUUUGCCAUGGACGCGUGUGUCCGGUGCAGGGGGAUGUAGUCUGCGGGCAGAGUGAGUGAGUGAGUGGGGGACCCGUCGCCUGAUAACCACAGCCUCUGUCCCAGAUAAGGGGAGCAUGCUUCAGACAUGCACACUCCCUCUCUCCGCUGCUGAGGAGUUCCCAUCAAACUGUCUUUCCACAAUCUGACUUUUUUUUUUUUACUACUCACAUUUCCUCCAUUCACGGGCUCCAUUUUCUUUUUUUAAAACAUUUUUUGGCGUCUGUGCUUUUCAAGAAAAAAGGUGACAAGAUCAAUGAUGAGCGUCUCUGAGACCGGUUGGCUUGGACUUUUUUAAUCAGAACCUUUUAGUCACAGCACAAACCUGCUGCAAAACCAUCAACACCAGGCACCAUGGCACACUCCUUGUGGAAUCUACACACCUUCUGCUGGUUUCUCAUCACACUAGCCCAAGUGCACUCCACAGAGGGGUUUAGUCGAGCUGCCCUGCCAUUUGGCCUAGUACGGAGGGAGUUGUCCUGUGAGGGUUAUCCCAUCGAUCUGCGAUGUCCAGGAAGUGAUGUCAUAAUGAUUGAAAGUGCCAACUAUGGCCGAACGGAUGACAAGAUCUGCGACGCCGACCCUUUCCAGAUGGAGAACAUCAACUGCUAUCUACCAGACGCCUACAAGAUCAUGUCACAAAGAUGUAACAAUCGGACCCAGUGCAUUGUGAUCACAGGUUCAGACGUCUUCCCCGAUCCCUGCCCAGGGACUUACAAAUACCUGGAGGUCCAGUAUGAGUGUGUGCCCUACAGUCCAUGCCCAACCAGAGUAGGACCAAGAACACAGAAUGUAUCCUAUCGCAACUGCCCUGAAGUGGAGCAAAAAGUUUUUCUUUGUCCUGGGACCCUGAACGCUGUCGGUGAUCCUUCCUUUGUAUUUGAAGCGGAACAACAAGCUGGUGCCUGGUGCAAAGACCCACUGCAAGCUGGUGACAAAAUCUACUUCAUGCCUUGGACUCCUUAUAGGACAGACACUCUCAUUGAGUAUUCCUCCUUGGAGGACUUCCAAAACGCCCGACAAACCAUCACAUACAAGCUCCCCCACCGGGUAGAUGGGACUGGAUUUGUGGUCUAUGAUGGGGCCGUGUUUUUCAACAAGGAACGUACGCGCAACAUCGUGAAGUUUGACCUGCGGACUCGUAUCAAAAGUGGUGAGGCAAUCAUCAAUAAUGCAAACUACCACGACACGUCGCCCUACAAGUGGGGUGGCAAAACAGACAUUGAUCUGGCAGUCGAUGAGAACGGGCUGUGGGUGAUCUACGCCACGGAGCAGAACAAUGGCAUGAUGGUAAUCAGUCAGUUGAACCCCUACACGCUGCGCUUUGAGGCGACCUGGGACACGGCAUAUGACAAGCGCUCAGCCUCCAAUGCCUUCAUGGUGUGCGGAGUACUUUAUGUCGUCCGCUCCACCUAUGAAGACAAUGAAAGCGAGGUCAGCAAGAGCCUGAUCGAUUACAUUUAUAAUACCAAACAGAACCGUGGGGAAUAUGUUGAUAUCCACUUUCCAAACCAGUACCAAUACAUUGCAGCUGUGGAUUAUAAUCCGCGCGAUAAUCAGCUCUAUGUGUGGAAUAAUUUUUACAUCCUGAGGUACAAUCUGGAGUUUGGCCAACCCGAUCCAGCACAUGCUCCACCACUGUCAGAAGUCACCACAUCCCCUCAGCCUCAGAGAACUACAACCGCCACCACAACAACCACAGUGCACCGGGGCGUGGCCAACACUACUGCCACAACAGGGCUCAAGGAAGGCAGCAGGGGAGCACCCAAGCCACCUCCCGUGAUUCUACAGACUACUUCCCCUCCACCUCUGGAGUCCUUCCCUUUACCCCAGCGUUACUGCGAAGCCACAGAGAGAAGAGAUAUAAUGUGGCCUCAGACCCAGAGGGGCAUGCUUGUGGAACGACCUUGCCCCAAAGGAACGCGAGGCACAGCCUCUUAUUUAUGUGUCCUUUCCACUGGGGCCUGGCACCCAAAGGGCCCUGAUCUCAGCAACUGCACCUCCCACUGGGUCAACCAAGUAGCCCAGAAGAUCCGCAGCGGUGAAAAUGCAGCGAACCUCGCCAAUGAGUUAGCAAAGCACACUAAAGGCCCCAUCUUUGCUGGGGAUGUCAGCUCCUCAGUGCGCCUCAUGGAGCAGCUUGUGGACAUUCUGGAUGCUCAGCUGCAGGAGCUCAGACCCAGUGAGAAGGAUUCAGCUGGACGGAGUUUUAACAAGCUUCAAAAACGAGAAAGGACAUGCAGGGCGUACAUGAAGGCCAUUGUGGACACAGUAGAUAACCUUCUGCGACCAGAGGCCUUGAAAUCUUGGCAGGACAUGAACAGCACAGAGCAAACGCACGCAGCCACCAUGUUACUGGAUACUCUGGAAGAGGGGGCCUUCGUCCUUGCCGACAACCUCAUGGAACCCGCCUUUGUCAAAGUUCCUGCAGACAAUAUAAUCCUAGAUGUGUACGUGCUCAGCACAGACGGCCAGGUUCAGGAUUUUAAAUUCCCACAAUCCAGUAAGGGUGGGAUCUCAAUCCAGCUCUCGGCCAACACUGUGAAGCUCAACAGCCGGAAUGGCGUCGCCAAGCUGGUUUUUGUCCUCUACAAAAACUUGGGCCAGUUCCUGAGUACAGAAAACGCCACCAUAAAGAUGGCCAACGAGGCUUAUGGUCGUAACGUGUCGGUGGCUGUCAAUUCCGACAUCAUUGCUGCCUCAAUCAACAAGGAGUCCAGCCGCGUAUUCAUUAAUGACCCAGUGAUUUUUACCCUGGAGCACAUUGAUAUGGAGCACUACUUCAACUCCAAUUGCUCCUUCUGGAAUUACUCUGAGAGGAGCAUGAUGGGCUACUGGUCCACCCAAGGCUGCAAACUCCUGGAUUCCAAUAAAACACACACAACCUGCUCCUGCAGUCAUCUCACCAACUUCGCCAUCCUCAUGGCCCAUCGCGAAGUCUCAGUCAACGACAGAGUCCAUGAGCUACUGCUUACCGUCAUCACCCGCGUUGGGAUCGUGGUGUCCCUCGUCUGCCUCACCAUCAGCAUCUUCACCUUCUGCUUCUUCCGGGGCCUGCAGAGUGACCGCAACACCAUCCACAAAAACUUGUGCAUUAAUCUCUUCAUCGCUGAGUUAAUAUUCCUAAUUGGUAUCGAUAUGACGGAACCCAGGGUUGGAUGUGCCAUCAUCGCAGGGAUCCUUCAUUUUUUCUUUUUGGCCUCGUUCUCGUGGAUGUGUCUGGAGGGCGUCCAGCUUUACCUCAUGCUUGUAGAGGUCUUCGAAAGUGAAUACUCGCGGAAGAAGUACUACUACGUGUCCGGUUAUCUCUUCCCUGCUAUCGUGGUCGGCGUCUCUGCAGCCAUUGAUUACCGGAGCUAUGGAACCAAGAAAGCGUGCUGGCUAAGUGUGGAUAAUCAUUUCAUAUGGAGUUUCAUAGGACCUGUCACCUUUAUCAUCAUGCUCAAUCUCAUCUUCCUGGUCAUCACUAUGUACAAAAUGGUGAAGCACUCUACCACCCUGAAACCAGACUCUAGCCGACUGGAGAAUAUAAAUAAUUAUCGCGUUUGUGACGGCUACUAUAAUACCGAUUUGCCUGGCUAUGAAGAUAAUAAACGGUUUAUCAAAUCCUGGGUCAUGGGAGCAUUUGCUCUGAUGUGUCUGCUGGGCCUGACGUGGUCCUUCGGUCUCUUCUUCAUCAAUGAGGCCUCGCUUGUCAUGGCGUACCUUUUCACCAUAUUUAACACCUUCCAAGGAAUGUUCAUCUUCAUCUUCCACUGCCUCCUUCAGAAAAAAGUACGCAAAGAGUACAGCAAGUGCUUCCGCCACACGUACUGUUGCGGAGGGCUGCCAACCGAGAGCUCACAUGGUUCCGCAAAGACGUCCACCGCGCGGACCAGUGCACGUUACUCCUCUGGCACACAGAGUCGCAUCAGGAGAAUGUGGAAUGACACCGUAAGAAAGCAAACAGAGUCGUCCUUUAUCUCAGGUGACAUCAACAGCACCUCCACCCUUAACCAAGGAAUGACUGGGAAUUAUCUACUAACAAAUCCACUCCUCCGACCACAAGGCACUAACAACCCUUAUAACACCUUACUGGCCGAGACAGUCGUAUGUAACACCCCCACGGCUCCAGUGUUUAACUCGCCAGUGACCUACAGAGAGACAAGGCACUCACUGAACAAUGCGGUGAGGGAUACAAGUGCAAUGGAUACUCUACCGCUAAAUGGUAACUUUAAUAAUAGCUACUCGCUCCACAAUGGGGACUUUGGCGACAGUGUGCAGGUAGUAGACUGCGGCCUCAGUCUGGACGAUGCUGCCUUUGAGAAAAUGAUCAUCUCCGAGCUAGUACACAACAACCUGCGUGCCUGUAACAAAAACCACCACCAACAGCAGCAGCACCCAAGUUUACAUCAUCCGCCCCAUCAGCCGCCACCACAGUACCACCACCACCACCAUCACCACCACGUGGAGCGGGCUCCACCCAAGGUGACAGUGAUCGGCGGCGGCAGCCGCAGCGAGGACGACGCCAUCAUGGCCGACACUUCGUCUUUGGUGCACAUGAGUGACACAGUGGGUCUCAGGCUGCACCAUCAGCAGGAACUGGAUCCACCGCUCAUUCCCCAGCGGACUCACUCCCUUCUUUAUGCACCCCAGAAGAAAGUGAGGACUGACGGGGGAGUUGAUACCUUUGUCAGCCAGCUGACGCCCACCAACCCCGACGAUAGUCUGCAAUCCCCAAACAGAGACUCCCUGUACACUAGUAUGCCUAAUCUGAAGGACUCGCCGUACCCGGAGAGCAGCCCUGAUGUGGUGGAGGACCUGUCCUCUUCUAGGAGUGAGAAUGAGGACAUUUACUACAAGAGCAUGCCUAACUUAGGUUCUGGACACCAGCUCCAGGCCUAUUACCAGAUAGGCCGAGGGAGCAGUGAUGGUUACAUUAUUCCCAUCACUAAAGAGGGCUGCAUCCCCGAGGGCGACGUGCGGGAAAGACAGAUGCAGUUAGUGACAAGCCUUUAAAUGUAUUUAAAUCAUCUCCAAAUCUCCUCCUGCACCUUUUGCAGCCUUUUCCUGUUGAAGGGUACACGAGGGAAGGACGAGAAGGGAGGGAAAGGGAAGAGUUUGUUUUAUGUUUGAAGAGAGCGAUUAGAAGCCCCGUCACUCACAUCGGCCGUUUACAAGCCUCCCUUCCCUCAUCUGCAUCGCCAUUCCCAAACGUCCUUACAGACCAAUAGACAUGUUGCACAGCGACGGCCGUGCAAAAGUUAUUAAAAAGACUGUACAUAAAAUGCAGAGUCAGAUUUUAAGAGACAAGCCAACUAUGUAUUUAAAUGUGCUGCUGCUGUUGAAUAAUUGAGAAAAAUUUAAGGUACAAAAAAUAAAAAAAUUUAAAGUUUUUAAAAAGACAAAAAAAAAGAAAGAAGGAAUAAUUACUGGCUACAUCAGAUCAGCAAUUUCUCAGUCGAAAGGUUGUACAUACACCCUCCAACAUCCUCUUUGAAACAAGUUUGUUUGCUUUGUUUUUUUUCUGUUGUCUUUUUUUAUUGAAAACAAAACAACACACCAGGACCUGGACAAUGUUUAUGGAAUGUUCCUUAUUGGACUCUUACAAAAAGGAAUAUGAAGUACUGGUUGCCCAGAGUCAUUCACCAUGAAUUCUGGAUUGUAUAACCACUAGCAAUCAAGCCCCUGGCCUUAUAUUUUCUCAACUGUACAUUGAACUGUUGUCAAGGAAAAUGGCUGAAAUAUAUAUUUUGUUGUAUUGCUAGUGUAAAAUAAAAAUCCAUGGGGGAAACCGUAAAUAUUGAACAAACCUUUUAACUGCAAAACUUUACGUUUCAGAGACUAUUGUGUAGAAGUUGCACAUAUGUUAUACAGUGUGUUUAUGGUCUCACAAACUUCAUUCUUGUUAGUAUGUUUGAACAUAAAAGCUUAUGAAAAGAAGGAUUGAGCAACGAUUACAAAGAUGCAUUCUCACUUUUUUCCCACUUGUGAACAGUGUUUCAACACUUUUUUUUUGCUUAAUAAGUUCCAUGAUACCAUCCGUUGCAAUAUGUUUGUUAUUUUUAGUAGAUCGGGGGAGUCAAAACCCAGUAAAAGUGAUUUUAUGCAUUGCACAGUUUUUUGUUGUGUAAUUCUGAAUGAAAUAGAUCUUUUUAACAGUCAUGGCAGAGUGAUGGGCAACUUUCUAUCAUAAAUGUAGUUCUUCCACCUGGUUUUGGACAUUUUAUUUAUUAAAAUCUUUCCAAAAAAGAUCCUUGGGAAAUCUGUGAAUAUUUUCCAGCACUGGUAUACAUGCUGUACUGUAGCUCAUGUUUUUUAUGUAAACAUGUUACCAAGGGGCUCGUCAAUUAAGACUGAUGUACAGUUCAACACUUGUUUAACAAAUAAAAUAAAUGUGAGAUUUUUGUCAAUUGCCAGUUGCUUUUUAAUGGGUUCUGUUUGGAUUUGUUUUCUUCUUUUUUUGUGCUAUUUGAAGAUCAAAACAUACACCUUUGACUCAGGUCCUAAGCACCUUGAAAGAUAAAUAGGUGAAUUUGCUUUUUUUAAUUCACUUGUUUAUGUAUUUUUUUGGUUGUUAUUGUUUGUAUUUUUGUCUGCUUUUCCUCAAUCUCAGCAAAGUAGAGCUCAUUUCACCGUCAUGUGUUAGAGAAGCCAAAUCUUUCCAUGUGAUUCAAAGAUGAGAAAACUCAGGUAGGAAAACUGCAUUGUAAAUGUUCCGCUGUGUGGCUGUAACACUAAUAAAGGUUCACGAUUACACUGGUUCA